AUGGUGUCCAAAGGUUUGAAGAAAGCUAAUCUCUUGGAUCAUCACUCCAUCAUUUACAUCCUCGAUGAAUCUGCCUCUGAGGUCUUGACCAGUCGUGGAUUUGUGAAAGAUAUGACAUUGAGCAAUGUCAGGCUGUUUAUUGGGAUGAUUAUAGUUGUCAUUGCUCUCUUUGCCCAGUUUUACAAAAAAAGGUUUCCUAAGAAUAGGGACUUCCUCGUCGGCUGCAUCUAUAUAGUCUUCAACGGGUUGUUGCAGUUGAUUAUAUACAUAAAGGAGAAGAAUGCCAUUUUGUUUACAUAUCCUCCUGUUGCAUCCUUCACCAGUACUGGAUUGGUAAUCUCUUCCAACCUGCCUAGAUUUUCUGAUGCAUACACACUUACCAUAGCAAGUGUAGAUCCAAAAUCAAUUUUUACAAAUGAACCAGUACAUUUUACUAAAUGUGUUACUUGA